AUGUACCAAGACCAGGGCUCUGAGCACAUCGACAUCGACCAGGACGAAAGCAGAUCGAACAGCCCAAAAAUGUUUUACAAGCCAGAAGAGAAGACUGUUAUAAGCCAGAAAAAAUCCUUCUGCAUCGACGCGUUGUUGUCGAAACACGACGAAAAAACCCAGAAAUAUAUGGCGUUGAUGAACAAGAAUUAUAUACGGUAUAAUGAUUACCAGGAGAGUCACGAAGGGUUUGAAAGGGAGAGAGUUAGUGAGAGUCCAAAAAGUGGGAGUAGCAGGAGUCUGUCCCCUGGGUCGGAGGAAGGGAAUCGAUCUGAGACCUACAGUCCACCGAUAUCGCCGGGAGUUGAGGGCGGCAGUGAAGAAUUUGAAAGUUAUAGACCAGGAAUCGUCCCAAAACCCGGCCUCCUACCACAAAACCCAGCGUUAGUAGCAGCCCAGUCUGCUUUAUUCAACUAUCCGCAAAUGAGCCCCAUGCCCCAGGGUGGGCCAAUGCCGUCCGCCUUUCAUCACCCCGGGGACAGAGUCCUCCAUCACAUGCAGUUGGAAUGGCUCGCCAGGACUGGGAUGUUUUACCAUCGAAUACCAGAGUUGGGAGGCGCUCCACACGCACUCCUGGGGAAGACCCGCCGGCCCCGAACCGCGUUCACCUCACAACAACUUCUGGAACUUGAGAAGCAAUUCAGAAUGAACAAAUACCUCUCCAGACCAAAGCGGUUCGAAGUAGCCACUAGUUUGAUGCUUACGGAAACUCAGGUAAAAAUAUGGUUUCAAAACCGCAGAAUGAAGUGGAAGCGUUCGAAAAAAGCGCAACAUGACAGCAAAAGCAAGGACUCGCAUACGAACGACGAGAAAAACAAAAAGGAGGUUCUACCCGACCAUGACAAACAGCCUCCGCAAAUGGCGGGCGAUUUGACACCAGCUGUCAAACCUCCUCCCCUGUUAGAUAGGGACAGGAUGAUCGCGUUAGAAAGAGAACGAGCGAUGGCAGCAGCAAACUUUAAUUCGAAUUUGGAAAACAAUAGACGCGGGCUAGUUAUGCCAAGCCAAGAUGGCCGACCCGGGAUGGACAUGUUUAGGCCGUAUGUAGUAUGA